AUGUCCAACUCGCUCGCCCGUACCAUUAAGAACAUCUACAAGUCUGGAAUCAAGAGAGCUGCUUUCCAAAUUCAGACCCACAACGAUACCAAAAGCGGUUGGUUAGUUGGUGAAGAUGACUAUGGUAACAAGUACUACGAAACUGAUGCACCAGAAGAAAUUCACUUGAGAACCAGAUGGGUGGAAUACAACGACAGAUGGACCCAGAUCGAUAUUUCCAAGGUUGAGCCUGGUUGGCAUUACUGGUUGGGAUACGGAACCAACACCAUCCCAACCGAAUUAAAGGGAGAUGAAAAGACUACCAGAGCCUACCCUAUUCCAGCCAAGCACAAGCCUAACUUGACCAACAGUAGUGGUGCCUACGUUUCUUAUAAUACUGCUAAGCCUAAGCAUACUGCCUGGGUUCCAGAGGUUGCUCAAAGAGUAUAA